GUGAUGAUGGUGGAAUCAGCCUCUGAGACCAUUCGAACAACGCCGUCCAGUCAGAACGGAGUCAGCAGCCUCAGCAGCCAGUCAGAUGGAGGGGGAGGUAGAGAGGGCGGAUCUAACGGAGACACGAAUGGAGAGAUCAGCCCAGUCGACUUACUGCACCUGCAACAGCAACAGGCGCUCCAGGCAGCCAGACAGUUCCUCCUCCAGCAGGCCUCUGGACUCAACUCCCCUGGCAGCAACGAGGUCAAACAGAGCCCUGUGCAGGUGCCAGUGUCCAUGGCUAUGAUGAGUCCACAGAUGAUCACUCCUCAACAGAUGCAACAGAUCCUGUCUCCCCCUCAGCUCCAGGCCCUGCUGCAGCAACAGCAGGCUCUUAUGCUACAGCAGUUACAGGAGUACUACAAGAAGCAGCAGGAGCAGUUGCAUCUCCAGCUUCUGACUCAGCAGCAGCAGCAGCAGCAGCAGCAGCAGCAACAGCAGCAGCAGCAGCAGCAGCAGCAGCAGCAGGCCGGGAAGCAAGCAGCAAAAGAGCAGCUAGGCAGUAAGCAGUUGGCCUUCCAGCAGCAGCUGAUCCAGAUGCAGCAACUUCAGCAGCAGCACAUCCUCAACCUCCAGAGACAAGGCCUGGUCCCACUGCAGCCCACCGCCGCCAUGCAGUCUCUGCAGCAAGCAAUGUGCCCCUCAGACCUCCAACAGCUGUGGAAGGAUGUGUCGGGGGUGCCGAGCAGUGAGGAGGCCCUGAAACAGGCCGAGGGCCUGGACUUGAGCACCAACAGCUCUAAUUCUACCUCAGCCUUCCCCAAAGCUGCCAGCGCUCACAUCCCACUGCACAGCCUGCCCAAUGGACAGAGCCACACCCCAAAGAGAGACAGAGCCAGACUGUUUGAGUGGAUAUCCUCCUUCACCAAGACAGACAGCGAUGACCAUAUCCCCCUUUACUCCAAAGGCAGCCAACCCCUUAGCAGCCAUCAUGAGGAGCAUGCUGGUUCCCAUCCCCUUUAUGGGCAUGGAGAGUGUAAGUGGCCUGGCUGUGAAGCACUGUGUGAGGACAUGGGACAGUUCAUCAAGCACUUGAACAAUGAACACGCCCUAGAUGACCGCAGCACUGCUCAGUGCCGAGUUCAGAUGCAAGUGGUUCAGCAACUGGAGAUACAGCUGGCGAAAGAGAGCGAACGACUCCAAGCCAUGAUGACCCACCUGCACAUGCGCCCCUCAGAGCCAAAGCCUUUUAACCAACCUUUGAACCUGGCUUCCAGUGGCGCCCUGUUAAAGCGGGACAGCGAUGUCUACCCAGAGGGUCUUCCCCACCCCCCCACCUCAGCUGCCACCCCCAUCACCCCACUGCGCCAGGGACCCUCGGUCAUCAGCUCGUCCAGCCUGCACACACACUCCCACUCCCAUACACAUGGUGUUGGGCCCAUACGUAGGCGCAAUUCCGACAAAUACUGCACCCCUAUCGCCUCAGAGCUGGCUCAGAACUGUGAGUUCUACAAGAACGCUGAUGUCAGGCCUCCCUUUACCUAUGCCUCUCUUAUACGUCAUGCCAUUCUGGAGUCCCCAGACAGACAAUUGACUCUCAAUGAGAUCUACAACUGGUUUACACGAAAGUUUGCCUAUUUCAGGAGAAACACAGCCACAUGGAAGAAUGCCGUGCGCCACAACCUGAGUCUGCACAAGUGUUUUGUUCGCGUUGAGAACGUGAAGGGGGCCGUGUGGACUGUGGAUGAAGUUGAAUACCAAAAGAGGAGACCACCAAAGAUGACCGGAAGUCCCACUCUGGUGAAAAACAUGAUUUCAGGCCUGGGCUUUGGAUCCCUAAAUGCCAGCUACCAGGCGGCUCUGGCCGAGAGCAGUCUGUCCCUGCUGAACAACCCUGCCCUGGUGACCCCUCCAUCUGCAGCCAGCCUCAACAUGCUGCACGUGGGCCACGAUGAUGUCAGCUCUACUGUGGAGCAGGUCAACAGCAACGGCAGCUGCAGCCCAACACUCAGCCCUCAACAGUACAGCCACCAGGUGCACGUGAAGGAGGAGCCCACUGAGUUGGAGGAGGAUGGUCGGCCAAUAUCCCUCCUGGCUGGCGUGACACACAGCCUGCCAUUGCCGAGCGACGAUCGCGACCUUGAGGAGGAUCUUCCCACUGAGGAGCUGGAGUAGGACGGGUCCAAGACGGACCAGAGGGGCGGGACAUAGCGAGUU